GAGGAUACCGUCGAAAUGUUACCCAAGUCCCGGCGAGCGCUCACCAUCCAGGAAAUCGCGGCCCUCGCACGGUCCUCUUUGCAUGGUAUUUCACAGGUGGUGAAAGACCAUGUCACCAAACCCACGGCGAUGGCGCAGGGCAGGGUGGCGCACCUCAUCGAGUGGAAGGGGUGGUGCAAGCCGAUGGACUCCCCGGUGGCCCUGGAGAGCACGUUCAACUCCUACUCGGACCUCAGCGAAGGGGAGCAGGAGGCCAGGUUUGCCGCAGGGGUCGCUGAACAAUUUGCCAUUGCCGAGGCCAAGCUGCGGGCCUGGUCCUCCGUGGACGGGGACGAUUCGAAUGAUGAAUCCUACGACGAGGACUUCGCCACCCCGACUGAGGCCACCCAACCGGCCGAUGCUGUGAACCAGCUCCCGCCCAGCACCUUGCUGAGAGGUUUCCUGCACAGCCGCCUGUGCCAGCUGAAUGCCCGGCAAGGCUCCUGCGACCCGGAGAGCGACUCCUCCCAGACCACCAUCUCCCCGGAGACUUUGUGUUCCAGUCUCUGCAGCCUGGAGGACAGCCUCUUCCUCAAGGAGCUGGGCUCGCCUUCCGAACUGGCCGCCAAGCUGCUGGGCUCCGUGUCCGCCGGGGAGGAGAUGCUCCUCUCCAAGUUGCCCCCACAGACAGCCGGAGAAUGUGCCUUCCGGAGCCUGGCGCAGCUCGAGUGCCAGGACUCUAUGUACUCCAUGUCCUUCACCGAGUCCUGCCUCUCGCCGACGGAGGACGAGGGGAUCCCGUGCAAGGACUACCCGGGGGGCUGCAAAAUCCACGGGGACAGCUGCCAGGUGCGGAGGAAAGUGUCCGACGUGGCCUCCUCCGGCGUCGUGUCGCUCGAUGACAACGAGGAGGAGCAAGAGGAGGACACCGGGGAACAGUGA